GUACUCGUAAACAAAGUAUGAAAUGUUAUGAAAAUAAUAGUAGCGGCAUAUUCGAGAAAUGUUUAUGUGAAUACUGGACGUAUAUAUAAGAAUUGAGUAAUAACUAUUUAUUAUUUGAAGUUCAAACCGAUAAGAAUAAAUACUCACUACAAAACGUAAAUAUUACUAGAUAUCUGCAAUGACUUCCAUCAUCAAACUGCAUUGUCUCUCUGGUGCUGGUGAUGAAUCUCCACCAUGCUAUAUUUUACAAAUAGACGAAUUUAGGUUCCUUCUAGACUGUGGAUGGGAUGAAAAAUUUAAUAUGGACUUCAUUGAAGAACUGAAAAGGCAUUUAAACAACAUAGAUGCAGUACUUUUAUCUCAUUCAGACCCACUACACUUAGGGGCAUUACCAUAUGCGGUGGGCCAACUAGGUCUAAGUUGUCCCAUAUAUGCAACCUUACCAGUAUACAAAAUGGGUCAAAUGUUCAUGUAUGACUUGUACCAAUCUCACCGGAACGUAUCAGACUUUGACUUGUUCACUCUUGAUGAUGUUGACACUGCAUUUGAUAGGAUAACCCAGCUAAAGUAUAACCAGAGUGUGGAUAUGAAAGGAAAGGGUCUUGGCCUCAAAAUAACACCAGUACCAGCUGGUCACUUACUUGGUGGAACUAUUUGGCGCAUAGCAGCACCAGGAGAAGAAGAUAUUGUGUAUGCACCAGACUUCAAUCAUAAAAAAGAAAGGCAUCUUAACGGAUGUGAAAUAGAGAAGAUAAUGAGACCUUCUCUCUUGUUACUUGGGGCUAUGAAUGCGGAUUAUGUGCAGCCAAGAAGGCGGCUUAGAGAUGAGAAACUUAUGACAACAAUCCUAACAACAUUGAGAGGUGGUGGAUCCGUUCUGGUCUGUACCGACACAGCCGGAAGAGUUUUGGAGUUAUCACACAUGUUGGAUCAGCUGUGGAGGAACAAGGACUCUGGUCUGGUGGCAUACUCGCUACUACUAUUGUCUAAUGUUAGCUAUAAUGUGGUCGAAUUUGCGAAAUCUCAGAUUGAAUGGAUGAGUGACAAACUCACACGAGCCUUCGAAGGUGCCAGGAGCAACCCAUUUGCCCUCCGCCAUCUCCACCUGUGCCACUCAGUUGCCGAAGUGACAAGAACACCGGGACCAAAAGUGGUGCUUGCUUCAUUCCCUGACUUGGAAACUGGAUUUGCAAGGGAUCUGUUCCUACUGUGGGCUUCACACCCGCAGAACUCUAUUGUAUUAACAGCUAGAACAUCCCCAGGCACGUUAGCACGUGAUCUCCUGGAAAAGGGAAGCGACCGCACCAUAGAACUGACGGUCCGGAAACGAAUCAGACUGGAGGGAGCUGAGCUUGAGGAGUUCAUGCAGCAGCAAAGGAAUAAAGCCAAGGAGAUCGUCAAAGAAGAGACUGAUGGAGGGAUAUCAUCAGACUCGGAAUCUGAUGGUGAGCUGGAGAUGUGGGUAUUGACGGGCAAGCACGACAUUCCGGUGCGCGCCGAGAACCGGGCGGGAGGCUGUUUCAAGAGUAACAAGAGGCACCACGCCAUGUACCCGUGCCACGAAGAGAGGUCCCGGGCCGACGACUACGGAGAAGUCAUACGACCAGAAGACUACCGGCUGGCUGAGGUCGUUGACGCGGAGGGAGAGAUACGAGACGUGCCGCCCGCAGCGCCGCAGAGGAUCGAGCCCGAAGAGGUGAUGACGGAGAUCCCCAGCAAGUGUAUAUCGUCGGUGCGGCAAGUGAGCAUCCGAGCUAACAUCCAGUACAUCGAGCUGGAGGGUCGCUGCGACGGCGAGUCGCUGCUGCGGGUGUUAGCGCACGCCAAGCCGCACGCACUCGUGGCCUUGCGCGCUAAGAACGACGCCCUGGCCGCGCUGAGGAAACAUUGUGAAAGUGAAGGAAUAGAAAAGGUAUACACGCCAAAUAAAGGAGAUAUAAUCGAUGCGACGACAGAGUCACACAUCUAUCAGGUGAAACUAACGGACAGCGUGCUGUGUGGACUGCAGUGGCGUAGCGCGGGAGAUGCGGAGCUGGCGUGGCUCGCAGCGAUCGUAGCGCCGCCCCGCCAGCGAGAGGAACAGAACAAAAAGACCCAGACUGUAGAUGAGAUGGUGUCGUUGGAGCCGGCGGGCGCGGUUGCCAGCCCGCACACCGCCGCCUUCGUGAACACGGUGCGGCUCUCGGAGCUGCGGGCCGCGCUCGCCAAGCACGGGCUCAGCGCGGAGUUCAACGCGGGCGCGCUCGAGUGCUGCAGCGGCACCGUCGCCAUCCGCCGGUUCCACGCAUAG